UUUUAAAGGUCACGUGACUCCCGACACAUUCGCACGCGUUUUAGCUGUCACUGCUUUGCAAUGGUUAUACUGAAAGGAAUCCCAUCAAUACUGACACCUGAAUUAUUGUAUGCUUUGGCGCGUAUGGGUCAUGGAGAUGAACUGGUUCUCGCUGACGCAAAUUUUCCAACCGCAUCUAUUUGUAAAUGUGGUCCAGCGGAGAUAAGAGCCGAUGGUGUAGGUAUCCCAGAACUAUUGAAGUCAAUAUUAAAGCUUUUUCCUCUUGAUACAUAUGAUGAUCCGGCAUUUGUCAUGGACCUUGUGCAGAGUGACAAAUUAAAGGGUCUGAAAGUGCCUGUAUGGGACCAGUACUCUGAGCUUCUGAAACAAGCAGGAUCAGAUGGUAGUUUAAAGUUAGUUGAGCGGUUUGCUUUUUAUGAGCGAGCCAAAAAUGCAUUCGCUGUAGUGGCAACCGGGGAGACUGCACUAUAUGGAAAUCUCAUCAUCAAGAAAGGUGUGAUUCCACCUGAUGAUCAAUGCUAAAAGAAUUACUGAUUUAAUUUUUUUAUGUGAGUUAUUACACCAAUUACAGAUUAUUGUAUAUAUUAUUAUAUAAAAUUUUAUUAUAUUGUUGUACUAUUAUAUUAAUAUCUGGAAUAAAUCUAUUUUGGAGUACAAGAAUCAAUAGUACAAACUGUUACAGUACAAACAAUUACGGUCAGCAAAUUUUGAUGCUUUCCAGGUUAGAAAUAAUGAGUCAAGCAUACAAUUUCAUUUUUUUUAUUCUGGCUGUUAACACCAGCUGAAUUGAGCUCUGUAAAUGUUUUCCUUUUAGGAAUAUUUCUACUGAAUCGACAAAAAUGCUUUUGUAAAAAUUAACAUGAAUGAAAACGAAUAAAGAACAUUUCUU